UUUUUUUAUGUGUGUACACUUGUCAUGUUUGCUCGAUGCAGUGGGAGAAAUUGCUAUAAAUCUUUGUUGUGUGUAAAAAAUAAAAGUUCUGCAAAUAAUACAGACGUGUGUCGAAUGUGAAAACAAUGUUGAGUAAGCGCUUUUAAAAAGGAGCUCUCCUUGUGUGCGUGCCGUGCAGCGUGUGAGAACGAGCUAGUUUUCAAGAAGAAGAAAAUCGAAUUGAAUUACAAAAGAGAGGAAAAAAAAGAACCUGUAAAAACAAAAAACUGGCUGGUAUCAUGUCAUCCACGUCGUCCAUUGAAACGCCAACAACACCAACGGCUGAAUUGCAACAGCAACAACAUCAUCAUCAUCACCACCAUCAUCAUCAACAUACUACCACGGCCAUUGUGGCCAGUCAACAGAAGCAGCAGCCGUUAAUUGCCAAACGCUCGCACUCCGUGUCAUCGAGCGCAUCGAGCGCCUCCUCAGUAUCAUAUGGGGCGGCAGCCGCCGGAUCGGGAAGCGGAAUCGGAAUCGGAACCUCACUAUCAGCUAACGACCGAGGAGGCGGCAAAAAAGUUCAAACGCCGCCCAUGCCACAGUCAGUUUCUGCAAAUGCCUCUGCCACAAUAGCAGCAGUGCAUCAUCAGCAACAGCAGCGCCAAUCUUAUUCCGCACUGCUACAGAAGCAGCCGUUUUCCAAUCGACAUCAGCAGCAGCAGCAGCAAGGUCAGCAAUUGCAAGCCCAGCCAAUUUCGCAAUUGGGAAAUUUAUCGGGCUCUACUGCGACCUCGACCACAGGGAAUACGGUGGUAGGAGGAGGAGGAGGAGGAAGUUCUCUUUCCGAGUCAGCAGCAGCCGCUACCACAUCAUCAUCGUCAUCAUCAUCGUCGUCGUCAUCAUCAUCAUGUUGCACUGAUAUUAAAACUAAUGUAACACUAACUACGCAAAAGACGCAUCGACCCAUACCGUCUGAUAAAAUCAACCUACGAUUAAUACUCGUUACUGGUAAAACAAAGGAAUUCCUAUUCAAUCCAUCAGAUUCAGCUGGUGACAUUGCGCAAACAGUAUUUGAUAAUUGGCCAGAAGAUUGGGCACGUGAAGCUGUCUCUAAAGCCGAAAUUCUACGUUUAAUCUAUCAGGGGCGUUUCCUUCAUUGUAAUGUAACUUUAGGCGCACUGGGACUUCCGUUGGGCAAAACGACUGUUAUGCAUUUAGUGCCGCGUGAUAAUUUGCCAGAACCGAAUUCACAAGAUCAAAGACAAAAGAGCAAAGGAGGUUCUGGGCGUUGCUGUUCAACAACUUGCUGCAUUCUGUAACUAGGCAUGUAGUUACAUAUAUACAUUAACUUAAAUAAUAAUAAUACUGAAUGAAGUUCUACACAUUAUAAAACUUUGUGUGCAGUCAACAGAAUUUGAAUACUAUAAAACAAAACAAACUGAAGUCCUGCAUGAAGUGAUUAGAUGAAGCUACAACUGUAGGCAGUGCAGUUAAUUGAUUUUUUGUUGUAAUGCCGAAUGAAUGUACCGAUAUCAUCUAGAUAUGGGAUCUAUGAUCGCGAACAGCAAUUAAGAUGAGAUUAUUUCUUGGCCAAAAACUUUAUUCCUCUUCGGUUUGGUUGACUCAAUGGAGGAGGAGGAAAGGACGAUUCAUUUAAGAGAUUGGAGAAGGAUACCGAUGCACAAUAUAAAAUUCAACUAAUUAUUCAUGCAGGUCUUUUACAAUUUAACACAAAAGUAAAAGUAAACAAAUACAAAACUAGCCUAUUCGUUGAUAUGCAUGUAAAUACAUUAUACAAAAAUAUAUUUUAUAUAUACACACAAGAGAAUUUGUAAGCAAGCGCAAAAUGCAAAGAGAAAAAAGAAAAACAACAACAAAAAACAAAAACCUAUGCUGUAUUAAUGUUGCUAGACUGCAAAUAUACAACAUGUAAUAUACAAAAACA